GUCAAGAGAUGGACAUUCGAAAAAUAGAAAAUCUCCAACUAACACCGAAAGAAUUGAAACAUUUUCGGAUAUUUUCAUUUCAGCUGCGAACAGCAAACGGUUAACAAAGGUGCGCGCUAAAAGCCUCAAAUAAAAUUUCAACGCUUUGAACAUUUCCCGUGACAAUUAUAUUGCAGUUAAGCUCAUAAAUUAAGUAAGCAGUAAAAAAUAUAACACUAAAUGAAUUAUGGAAUAUGUAAAUUUAACAAAUACAAGACAACAGCAGCAUGAUUUCGAGCAGCAGCAACAGUCACAGCAUAAUGACAAUCAGCAACAGUUUUGUUUGCGUUGGCAUAAUCAUCAGACAAGUUUGCUGAGCACACUGCCCGUGCUUCUUGACCAAUCGCAUCUAACAGAUGUGACCAUAUCGGCGGAGGGACGUCUCUUGCGUGCUCAUCGCGUGGUGCUCAGCGCCUGCAGUAGCUUCUUCAUGGAUAUAUUUCGCGCUCUGGAGGCUAGCAAUCACCCAGUUAUUAUUAUACCCGGCGCUAGCUUUAGUGCCAUUGUCUCACUGCUAACGUUCAUGUAUUCGGGUGAGGUGAAUGUCUACGAGGAGCAAAUACCUAUGCUACUUAAUCUGGCAGAGACACUCGGCAUUAAGGGACUGGCUGAUGUGCAAAAUAAUAAUCUACCCAAGUGUGCUAAAAAUGCCGCUUCACACUUCAUGGAGACUAACAGCAAUCUGGAUAAGCCGCUGGAGCCUGAACGUCCUAGCACAGCUUCUCCUACGCCUACAGCUACGCCAUACACCCAACACUUACCACAGUUGCCCAAUGCCACGCCACUAUUAGCCAACAAAUUGGGCUCCCCGCUGGAGAAUUUUUUUCUCAAAUCGCUGCAGUUUUAUCCCAAUUUGUUGCCGCAGCCGUUGAACUUUUCACAGACCGCCUUGAACAAGACCACAGAGCUGUUGGCCAAAUAUCAGCAGCAGUGCCAACUUUACCAAAGCAGCCUUGAAGAGGAGGAUUGCCUUGCCGCCAAGCGUUUAAGGAUAAACAACAUACACAAACACAACUGUGCUCAACAGCAAAAGGAUAUUAAGCGCAUAGAUAAAAUUGUAGAAAAUCUAAGGAUCACUAACAACAACAAUAUCAAAUCGCCGCUGGAUUGUGCUGCGACUAAUUCAAUUGUAGCUACUUCACCAAUUACGCUUGCCACGCAAAAUAUAUCACACUUUUCACCGCAGUUGCCUGUGGUGAAGUCUUCGCCUAGCUACAUCAAUCCGCUGAGCGCCAGUCAGCUCUAUACCAAUGCUAAGCCGCCCAGCUAUAACGCUGCUGUCACACCCACCUCUACACAGCAAGCAGCACAUCAUGUGAGCAGCCAUUCAACUCCUUAUAUAACGCCGGAAGAUCAUGCCAAGCUGCAGCAGCAUAUUGAACAAUAUGCUGCCUCUCAACGUGAGGCAGCUGCUGCUGCUGCCGUUGGGCAAUUGGUUAGCGCCAAAUCGGAGCCCAAUUUGUUGUCACUUACUGCAGAGAAGCUGCCCACGCCCAGCAAGCCGCCAUCUAACUCCAAGUUGUAUGCCACUUGCUUCAUUUGUCACAAGCAACUCAGCAAUCAAUACAAUUUGCGCGUGCAUCUAGAAACGCAUCAGAAUGUGCGCUACGCAUGCAAUGUCUGCUCGCAUGUAUCGCGAAGCAAGGAUGCGCUGCGCAAGCAUGUUAGCUAUCGUCAUCCAGGUGCGCCGUCUCCCUGUGAAAAUGAAGCACGACGCAAGCGUGUUAGCAAACUAACUGCGCCCUCGACAGUAACAACCGGCGCACCAACCACGGCAACAGCCACUGCUACCAGUGGAGCAGGAGAGAUGGCACGAAAUGACAAUGCAGCCAACACCGCGCUCACCACUAAUCCGUAUAUGUUUUUGCCAAAUCAAUUUCAAUUGGCAGCAGCAGCUGCAGCCGCGGCAGCGUCUGAAUCAAGUACUCAACCAGCGUUGGAUCUCGCGCAGGAGGCGUCCAUUAAGAUUGAAACAACAAUAAUCGCUAGCAAUGGCGAGGCAACUGGCGAAGCAAAUACAAACGCCACAUAAAGACAGCAGCGCACUUUAUUUUAACUAGCUAAACACACACACACACAAACAAGAAACACAGACACAAACUUAGUCCCACCAUAUACCGUACCAACGUCUUAGACCCGGCUGUGAUACUUAGCGCAAUUGAAAAUUUUUGUUUUUCGUUUUUGUUUUCAUUUGAAUCUCACCAUUUGAAAACAUAAUUGUAGCGCCAUUUUUGUUAUCGAUAAAUUAUCGUUUCGUUAAGCCUAACGGGUAGUAGUGAUAUAAACAAACAGUUUUGAACGCACUGAAGGCUUUAAAAAAACAUCCUUCAAACAAAAAAAAAAAACACAUACUGUA